AUGAACGACCGCAGCCUCUCCAGCACAAAAGCACGAAUGGAUCACGGUAACAGCGUCGGCGUCGGAGUCGGCGCCGAUGGCGCGAGCACCCUGAACCUUCGUGCUGGCACGACGUUGAUGAAAAGCGUUUCAAUCUUCCUGAUGAGUGGUCGUAAAGCUUCCGUGAACUCCAAACGGCAAACUUCCGGUAGCCCUAAGGAGCUCCGUAAGAAGCAUCGCAGAAGGAUGCCGGAAGUUGGUGCUACCAGGAACUCUACUCAUACUGUUAAAAUGAUCGAGUCUUUGAAGAGGAAAACCAGAUUUUCUUGGUCCGAACUCGACAACCUCUGCAAGAUGUACAAAAAGUUAACCAACAGCCCCCAGCAACAAGUGGGACAAUCAAUUAUUGGUAGAAGAUCUCAGUCGAAUCAGACUAUAGAGGGCAUCGACAGGGGUAUUUUUCGGAACCUUCUGCACAAUACCUUCAAAGUAAUCACUGAGGACACGUUGGUGGAGCGAAUCUUUUGCUGUUGGGAUCGGGAGAACGAGGGGAUCAUCAGAUUGGAGCCGUGGAUUAUGGGGUUGGAUCUGUACCUUCGCGGAAGUUUCCGAGAGAAGAUAGAGUUUUGUUUCAGGGUUUACGAUUUGAACAGUGAUGGGUUCAUCACGAAGGACGAGAUAUUUCAGCUGUUCAAGAACUCUUUAAUGAAGCAACCAGGCGAGGAAGACCCCGACGAAGCCGUCCGCGAUUUAUCCGAAAUGGCGCUGAAGAAGCUGGACGUUGAUCGCGAUGGAAAAAUCUCUUUUCAAGAUUACAAAGUCGCUGUGCUGGAGGAAAAUUUACUCCUAGAAGCUUUCGGACAGUGUUUAGUCACUGACGAGAAUCGUACUUCUAUUUUAACCUCUUUACAAUCGUAAAAUAAAUUAAAAUUGAA